ACACUGACACCCACACAGCCGGGCAAACGACCAGCCACUCCUCUACGCAAUUGCUUCUGCGGAUCAUUCAUUUGUCGAUCCUGAUUGUUGCAAUAUAGUCAGCGGCGCGCACACGCGCAACUUCGCCGGACCAUGGCCGACCUCAGCGAGCUGUUCUCGCGCCUCAAACAGCAACAGAGCUCCGACGCACCAACUUCUUCGCAACCACCGCCGGCGGCAUUGUGGGCACAACCAGCGUACGAGCCGCCGUCAGUGUCAUCGCCGUUGGUCUCACCACCUACCCACACGCCGAAUCCACAUCACGCAUCGAAUAUCAUCAGUCCCAUCAACCCGUCAUCGAACGCCGGCACCCCGAAUCAAGAUCCCAAUCGCACCAACAACUUGCUAAACCUUCUCAAGUUCCAAGGGCAGUCGGGGCAACAACAGCAGCCACAGCCACAAUCAGGCGCAAUGGCGGGCCUCACCAAUGUGCAGUCGAAUCGCCACACCUCGAUACAAAUCCCCGCGACGCAGCCUCGCGAAGGCGCAUCCUCGCGCAAUGCACGGCCAUUGUCGGCAGCGGACGUCGUGGCUAACCUCCAACGCUCCUCCUCUAGUUCUGCCGUACCUCAGCGCAACCUGAGUGGGCUAGACGACGAGUUGAGGUCUAAGUCAAGUGGCAACCCUCAGGACUUGCUGCUGAAUUUGCUCAAGGGCCCGAAGGCUCCAACGCCUGCACCAGUGGCGAGAUCUGAGUCGCAGAACAGCAGGACGCUCAAACAGCAACCCGAUAUCGAUGACUUGAGCAAGCAAUUUGGACAAGCUUCAGUUGGCUCGACAGGCUCACAGGCGACACGCGAAUCGACCGCUCGUCAGUUUGGCAGUCCCGCUGCUGGCAAAACCCCGUUUGAGGGUCCAGCUGCCAACAAGGCAUCGAUGUUCAACUACGUAAACCCAUUCGACCAACUGCACACAUCGUCGCCUCUGAACAGAAACCGCACACCGCAGCCCGCCGAGCAGGCGAACGUGCCCAAGAAGAUCGAAAUCCUGAAACAUGAUCGCAGCGCCUCCGCGCAGAAUGUUGAGCAAUCGCAGCCGAAGUCGAAGAGUAGGAAGAUCGACGAUGAUGCUUCCUCGGCAUCGACUAAGAGCAUUUCAAAGGAGAACGUGGAGAAACAGGUCGCACAUGCUCUCAAGGCUGCUGACAGCCGUGAGCCACUCAAUAGCAGGGCCACCACGGAUGAUGAGCGCAUCAAGAAAGAGACUGCAAACAACGAAGACGUUGAGUCAAAUUGGGAGAGUGCCGAGGAUGAUGGUAAGGCGGAUUACAAGGUGGAAGUGUACAACUUCCCAAUGAAGCCAUUUGUCUCGAUCCAAGUGCGCCCAUUAAAACAGGCUCGCUCAAUUCGGCAAGAUCACUUCAUGGUCAUUGCGCAGCUUAAGAAGGAGUUCGAUCAAAUCGACCGCUCGCUCGUCACUGCUAGCCAGACACACAUUGUCUACGCGCAAGUCGCCACGAAGAAGGACAACGGAGGGUUCCGAAUCAUUCGACAGGACUCUGGCGACCACAAGCAAGUUUUCAGGUCGAGCGGCGAGCGCCUCUUCAGCGUCCAGCUCUGCAGCAACGUUGCUACAAAAGACAACGAUGUCGAGACUGUGCUUGGCACUGGAGUGCAUGGUUCCGUCUUCUGGACAUCCCUCGUUAAGUCCAGAGGAGAUUCGUUCCAGGAUGACGAUGUAGAAGCUCAUGGUUUCAUUUUGCCUCCAGUAGCUACUGUGGAGGAGAACACGAGCGGCUCUCCGGUGAAGACUCGUGCCAAAAUGAGCGCCCGUCAUCCCGACUACUUUGCCAUCGCACGCGGCAAACACAUCUACAUCAUUGCACCAGACACGGCCAGGAACAGCGCAUACACUGACCAGAACACGCGCCGUGUCAACAGUGAAAAGUACUUUGCUGAGCAGACCCUCAAAAUCAACACUGGCAAAGCGGGCAAGGACUUUUGCUUCUCCGAAGAUGACACAGUCAUUGUCAGCCUUGAUAAGAACGGGCGGUUCAAGUUUUGGGACAUUCGUGAUCUCACAGCACAAGCAAGUGUGCGCAGCUUCGAGCCUCGCAAGCACGAGCCUGUCGAGCUGCGCGAACCAAUCAUUCAGCACACUGCAGUCACAUCGGGGAGCAAGCCCGACGAGAAGCCCUCAGUGUCUUCGAUCAUGUUUCUUGAUAAGGAGAAGCCAUUUAACAAAGGCUCUGCACUUCGUUACAUGCUUGUCGGCUUCAAGCAAAACCAUAUCCUGCAGCUCUGGGAUCUUGGUCUUGGCAAGGCGGUGCAAGAGAUUCGUCUGCCCCAUGAGAAGGACAGCGAUGGUAUUUGCAGCGUCACCUAUCAUCCCAAGACUGGUAUAGUGACUGUUGGACACCCAACUCGCAACAGCAUCUACUUCCUACACCUUAGUGCACCAAAGUACAACCUUCCGACCAUGGAGCAGGCCAGAUUCAUGAGAAUGCUGUCGACGAACGACCAAGCUCUACCAAAGCCUGAGAGCACUGCUAUCAUGAGUGGACUUAGGGAGUUCUCUUUUGCCAAGGUGGGCCAGCUCAGAAGCGUGGACAUGCUGAGAACGCCGGUCGAAAAUGCUAGCGAGAACGGGACGGAGGAGGAGACCCUCUUUGAGCUGUACAUCAUGCACUCGAAGGGCUCUGUCGGCAUCAGCAUCAAGCGCGAAGACCUGGGCUGGGAUAAGCAGAGCAAGAUGAUGAACCCUAAGGAAGCCCUGAAGGAGGGUGUCAUCGAAGUGCGCGAGCUCUCAAUACCAAAACAGUCGUCCUCAUCGGGAGAGCGCACUGAGGCGGACACCACUUCGAGGCAGUUGCCGAAGUCGACCAUUCUCGCGAAGCCAGAACCAACCAAGACUCCAUCGCCGCUAAAUGCCGUGAAGCAAGAGACUGCCCGUUCGCCAACACCCCUCUCCAACGGACAGCAACCUCGUCUGCUCUCGCCGGAACCGCCUACCAAGCCAUUGCCGCAGAUUCCUGCUGGCAACCCGCCCUUCAUCACUGCCGAUUCUUACAGUCAUGCCGCUUUGCGCACCAAGUCUCCAACUGGUAGCAAGUCGAGUGACGAGGUUCAGCGCAACGUGAUCAUCUCGCCAAAAGCAAAGGGAGCUGUUCUCGCUACCGCGUCUAACGCUUCCACUCAAGCAAGUGCCCCGAUUGCAGGCGCGGGAGACUACCAGAGUCUGCUGACGCUCCAAUUCGAUUCUUUGUACCAGCGCAUUGAGUCCGACAAGCGCGUACAGGAUGCGGCUGCCGGUGCGAAGCAAGACGCUCUACUCCGCCUGGUAUCGUCUACGCUCACUGAGAAUGUGGACCGUAGCCUUAGCAGCAUCAUUGCCACCCGCAUCGAAAAGGAUGUGAUUCCUACGCUGACUGAAGUGACCAGCAAGGUUGUGGAUCGCAAAAUCGCAGAAUCGCUUCCACCGCAACUCAAUGCCAGCGUGUCCGCAGCGAUGAAGGCCAACCUUUCCAACACACUUCAGCAAGCCCUUCAGGACAAGGAAGUGCACAAGGCUAUCUCGGAUUUGACUGCCAACCAGGUCGCUCAGCGCGUGCAGCAGCAAGUGUCAGCUAUGCUUCAGCAGCAGCUGCCAGAGAUGACUACGAAGGCUGCGCAGAAAAUGGUCGGCGAUCUCGAGAGCAAGUUCACUCAACAUCAGCGCUCCUUCGAGGCUCAACGCCAGCAAGACAACGCGAAGAUCGAAGAACUGUCUGGCAUCGUUCGCAGCUUGUCGACUACGCUGCAAGGCAUGGCUGCCAGUCAGGCUUCCUUCCAGGAGCAGAUUCUCAAGCUUCAGCGUGAGACAGGUUCCGGUCAAGCGGCGGCAGCGAGAUCCACCUCUACUUCUCCCACAGCCAACCAGCAAACUCCUGCUGAGCCAGAGGAUGCUGAUAUCCUCAACAUGACUCAGCUGUUGAUGGAUGGCAAGUACGAGGAUGCAACUAUUCAGUGGAUCUCAUCGGACCGCCAAGCGGACAUUUUCGACAAGUUGUUCGUUCGCGUGAACCCAACAUACCUCUCCCAAUUAUCCCCACUGGUCGCUCUCACCGUCUCGGCAGCCAUCACUUCAAGCUUUGACUCCUUCGUUUCUGAGCGUCUCGACUGGCUCACCCGAGUCCUGCAACAAAUCGACGUUCGCAACGAGGAUAUCAUGGACGUUGCACCAAAGAUUAUGGAUGUGCUCACGCAGCGUCUGCAGGGCGCUUACAUGGCCAUUUCAGAGGCUAGACCAUCGGACCCUGCUUUGAGAACCAUCAGCAACCUCAGCCGCCAGGUUCACGAGAUCCGACGUGUUGCUCAGUGACUCGACGCGGCUUCGCGGAAGGGUCUGAGCAUGCUGAUUUGAGCGACCAAGCAACAAGCAGCUUCUAACGGCGCUCUCGAGGCGUCACCAUUAUUGCGACUGUUUAUGGCAUGGCGUUCAUUACCCGGAGAACCAUGCACUCACGUUCCUGACGCUUACGUGCAACACGAUUCAGUGUAUUCUACUGUAGCAGCAUUCGGCGUAGCGAGCGGUGUAAAAAUUGGACAUGCUUUGUACAGUCUGGCUCCAAGGCAAUGGAGCUAGCACAUUCAAUGUAUCACACGAAAGGAACAAAUUGUCACUAAUAAUGAACAUUCGAUCAACAGUACUCCAAAA